AUGCAUAACGUAAUAGAUUUAUCUAUGAAUCAGCCUGUGCCGACAACAACAUUACAUAAUUCAACGUUAUAUUAUAAUACUGGACAUGAAUCAAAUAAUUCACAUAUAAAUACAAAUAAUAAAGCAAAUUCCAUUUCACCAUCAGAUGGUAAUUCUAGUAUUCAAAUGCGGUGUAAAGUAUGUGGUGAUUUAAAAGCAGGAAAGCAUUAUGGUACAAUCGCAUGUAACGGUUGUAAAGGUUUUUUUCGAAGAUCAAUAUGGGAGCAAAGAGACUAUUCUUGUCGAUUUGGAGGAAAAUGUCAAAUUGUACAAGAAUAUAGAAAUAGAUGUAGAGCAUGUAGAUUAAAAAAAUGUUUUGAAAUUGGUAUGGAUGCCAGAGCAGUACAAAGUGAGCGUGAUAAACAUAAAAAAAGACCAGAAAAUAUUAAAAAAAUGUUAUCAAAUAAUAAUUCAACACCACCACCACAUGAAUCUCCAUUUAUUCCUGUAACACAGUCACUUUCAGCUGUUUUUAGUCAUCCUUCAGAUAUUCAUCAAUCUUUUCAAAUAUCACAUCAAUGGAAUGGUAAAUAUAAUGGUUGUGUCUCAAAACACAUUGCAGAAUCAUUAAGUAGUGUAUCAUCAAAAAUAACUUCAGGAAUUAGUAACAUAGGAAAUUUUAAACUUGAUAAUAAUAGUACAUCUUUAAAAUCUUCAAGAUCAUCUUCACCUGAAAAAAGUAAUUGUAAUAUAUUUAAUAUAUUAUCUGGUCAACAAGUUGUUCCAUUAGAAUUAGAACAUUUCACAUCAAAUUAUAAAUUACAUCAACAUUCUAAUCCUGAAAUUCCAAUUGUUCAAUAUUUAAUACAACUUGAAAGAAUUUGUGAUAAUAUGGUUGAUCCUAUAACAGAAAGUCCAAUUACAGAAGAAUUUGAUAAAUUAUGUCGUGUUGAUGUUACAAUUGAAGCAGCUUUUCGUCAACCAGGAGUUGUCGCAAAAAGAACUCCACCAAGGUGGACAGCUGAAAGAUUAACAACAGUUGAUGAUGUUCAUAUUGGAUGGUGUAGAUCAUUUGUGUUAUGUGUUGAUUGGGCAAUGAUUAUGGCAGAUUAUAAGGAAUUAUCAAAUGAAGAUCAAUAUACAUUAUUACGUAAUCGUGUUGUAUCUGUUAACUGGCUUCAACAUACUUAUAAGACAUAUAAAUCUGGUUGUGAUGGUGUUGCAUUAGUGAAUGGUUCAUAUUAUCCUAGAAAUAAAGAUCUCCAAAAAACUAUGCAUCCCGGUUGUAAACAUUAUUUUAAAAAUCUUUGUGAACAUCUAAUGCUUGAUCUUGUUUUUCCAAUGCGUGAAUUAAUUAUGGAUGAAGGUGAAUUUUGUAUUUUAAAAGCUCUUAUCCUUUUUACUGUUGAUAGAAGAUUAAGUGAAAAUGGUAAAGAUCAUGUUAAUCGUGUUCGUGAAAAAUAUAUACAAGGAUUAUAUCAACAUGUUAAAAAUAAACAUCAAGAAUAUAAUGAACUUCAAGUAUCAUCUAGAAUUUCAAAACUUCUCUUAUUACUUCCUGCCAUAACUCAUUUGUCGCAAUAUGAGGAUGACAAUGUACAAUUUUUGGCAUUAUUUAAUAUGGCAAAUUUAAAUGGAUUACCAUAUGAGUUACAUUCAAGUAUAAAACAAGUUCCUAAUGCAACACCUGAAUUAGCUACAUCUUUGUCCCAAUCAAUUACAUCUGAUCAAAAUCAUCUAGACAAUGGAAAUGGUUCAGGAUCAUCAAUAGGAAUUAAAGUUGAAGAAAUGAUAUCAGAUAAUGUAUCAAAUAAAAUUCAAAGUUCUACACAAUCACAUAUAUAUUCUCAUAAUACAAGAAGCAUUUCCACUCCUAUAUCUCAACAUCAAAAUUUAUCAAUGCUUCAUCAUAAUGUACAUGAUCAAGGAUCAAAAAAUCAAAAUAAUGGAAUGUGUUCACUAUUAAAUAAUUCCCAACAACAUUUAUCAGCAAAUUCCAUGACAAGUAACGAUCCUUCAAAUGUCGGCAUGUACAAUAAUAAUCAAUCUCAAUAUUAA